CUCAGCGGCGGAGUCAGCAGCAAACCAAGCAAUCAGUCAGCCAGCUGCAAGUUUUCGGGCAAACUAUUAAUCCAAGGCUCAGGAAAAGCCCGAAAAUGAGUCAGUUGAAGGGACGCUUUGUGACUCUGCUCCAUGAGAAGAACUUUGUGACAGAUCAGUUGGCGACGCUGGAACAAAAAACGGGAGUGAAGAGGGAGUAUAUCACCUUGGGUGUCCUGAGUUUUCUCAGCCUCUAUCUUCUGUUUGGAUAUGGAGCCUCACUGCUCUGCAACCUGAUUGGCUUCAUCUAUCCAGCGUAUUUCUCCAUUAAGGCCAUUGAGAGCACCAAUAAGGAGGAUGACACACAGUGGCUGACUUACUGGGUUGUUUAUGGACUCUUCAGCAUCAUUGAAAGCUUCUCUGACAUCUUCCUCUUCUGGUUUCCCUUUUACUAUGCUGGCAAGUGUUUGUUCCUGGUCUGGUGCAUGGCUCCGGUGACAUGGAACGGUUCUGAGAUCUUGUACAAGCGUGUGAUCCGGCCAUUUUUCUUGAAACACCAGGCUGCCAUGGACAAUGUUGUCAGCGAUCUGACUGCCAAGGCUAAGAUCAUAACUGAGACCGUCACAAAGGAGGGUGAGAUACCCACAGUAGUCAUCUGUUAACCAGGUCCUCAACCAUGAAAAAAACCAGUGAGAAACACGGGAAGGCUUCGUGUGUGCAUGUAUGUGUGUUUGGGUACUUGAAAAAGUGAUUGAGAGAGUGUAUGCGUGUUUGCCACUUUGCUUUUGGUUUGUCCCCCCACCCCCCUUCCUUCCAUGACGAAUGAUGAUCGACCCCGCCACAAUCAUAUGGUAAACUGAAGCUUCACACUCCUGAAAUAAAAUCACGACUCGUUGUGCAUCUCCAUUACUUUACUGCCAUCGGUACUGCUAAGACAAUCGAUGAAACUGUGACCUUUUUAUGAGAUCUUAUUUUCUUUGUUGUAGUGUGACAAAAUAAUGAAAAGAAAUACGUUGAUAGGAAAAAUUGUGAUUGUGUAACUGCAGGUUUCAGCAACAAUGUCAGUGUUGUCUAAUUGAGCCAUUUGUGACAGAAAACUGAGGCUGAUACAAGUAUAACAGUAGAUUGCCUUAAAUGUGUCCAUAAAUAGCAUUUUCGUUAACAUUGUUAAUUAAAACUGGAAGUUUUUACAUGUCAGUAAUGUCUGCAUUGCUCUUACAAGCCUUAUUCUCGCAUGUGCCAAGCAGAAUUUAAAGUCUGUUUGAGCUAUUGGGAAGGUUCUCACUCUGUUUAACUGGAUGACUUCUGUCUUUUGAUAUGUCUUAAUUUAUCUUCUCAUAAUGAUGAUACAGUAAAACUGGGAUCCUGGUGAAAUGAAAA